AUGGAUUCAUGGGUGAUGCCGACCCUUCUCCCCAGUUCCUUGAUGACAACCGUGAGCGCCACUGACUGCUUCAGCAAUGGGUCAUUCAGUUUCACGUCUACAACCACUGAGAUUCAUCUUACUGAGAUGCCAGGAAACUUUUCUGUGACAAAUGUGACCGGUUUGAGCGACCAGUUUCACUGGAACUCCCAAUCAGACGGGGACUGGAAGAAUCCCCUUGGGGGGCUUGCUCCUGGGACAAACUACAGUUUCUGCUUUUCCGAUGGCGCCACCGCCUGCUGUCAAGAAGUGUCAACACGACCCAGCCAUGUGGUUGACAUUAAAGCUGUUUUCAAGAGUCCAACCAGUGUGACCUUAACUUGGAAUAACAGCGACGCAACUGCCUCUAAGUAUAAGUACAGAAUCAAGUACCAGGUGGAAAGUGAGCAGACGAUCACUGUUGACGGCCAGACCACGUACAACAUCACUGGCUUAAGUCCUGCGACUCCAUACACCGUCUCCAUCACUCCAGGAAUAGGCAGUGGCUCUUGGGGAGAUCCUGUGGCCAUAAAUGUCACAACAGAGCCUCGCCCGGUUUCUGGUCUCCAUGUAUCCUUCGUGAGUGUGAGGGAGGCCGCUCUUUCCUGGAGUGGUGACAAUGGCACUGCCUCCUGCCGGAUGCUCCUGGAAAGUAUUGGGAGCCAUGAAGAGUCGACUCGAGACUUAGUGGCCAACAUUCCAGGCCUGAAGCCGGGGAUUCAACACAUCAACCCAUAUCUCCCAGAAUUCGAUGGGACGCAGAGACAUCCCUUGAUGACAGAAAGUGGCUUGGAUGCCAACAACACAGAGAGAAGCUGGACAGAGAGCUGGGCCCGGCCCGGCAGCAGCCCCACUGCCCCUGUGCAUGAUGGGAACCUCCGGGGACACACAGACCCAUCCUCUGACAAGCGGUCCCAAGACACAGAAGUCUGGCUUGUUAGGUUGGCGCCUGGCACUCAGUUCAAGGCUACCGUGUAUUCUCAAGCUGCGGAUGGCACAGAAGGACAGCCCCAGGCUGUAGAUUUCAAGACAAAUUGCAGUCAGGUUUUUGACAUCACAGUUGUGAACAUCAGUGCCACCAGUGUGACCCUGACCUGGAAAAUCAGUGAUAAUGAGUCGUCCUCUGUCUAUACCUAUAAGAUACAUGUGUCUGGGGAGACUGAAGCCUUCAACCUCACUGUCAGUGAAACCCAUGCCGUCAUCCCUGGACUCCACUCAAGCACCUUCUACAGCAUCACAGUGCAUCCUUUCCUAGCUGGUGCCGAGUGCAUGCCGGGCUUUCUCCAAGUAUACACCCCCCCAGGUCCAGUUUCCGACUUUCGAGUGACAAUGGUCAGCACAAGGGAAAUUGGCUUAGCUUGGAGGAGUAAUGACUCAGAAUCCUUUAAUAUGCAUAUUACACAGCAUAGAGAGAAAUCUUGGGUAGUAACAACCACCAACCAAAGUAUUGUUGUUGGUGACUUGGACCCUGGAACCAACUAUAGUUUUGAAAUUUUUCCACAAGGACCAAAUGGAACUGAAGGCCCAUCUCGAAUAGUUUACAGUAGAACUGCCCCUAGUGCAGUGUAUGACAUCCAAGUGGUCAAUGUCACCACCACUGAGAUGCAGCUGGAGUGGCGGAGCAUAGACAAUGCUUCCGAGUAUACCUACCACUUAGUCGUGCAGUCCGUGCAUGGCUCUAACCAUACCAGCACGCCUCACAAAGAGCUCACCCUCUGGGGCCUGGUGCCAGGAACCUUGUAUAACAUCACUGUCUCUCCUGAGGUGGACCAUGUCCGGGGUGAUGCCAACUCUAUCGCACAGUUCACACGGCCCAGCCGUGUGUCCAUCACUGGAGUAAGAACCAACACCACGGUAGCAGAAUUGAGUUGGCAGAACUUUGAUGAAGCCUCUCCCACCUAUUUCUACCUCCUUCUCAUUGAGAAGGUUGGAGAUGUCAGCAACGCCACACAGGUAGUCACGGGCGUUGGAGUCACUUGCACUGCAGUCACUGAAUUAACGCCUGGCUCAGCGUACAACGUGGAGAUCUUUGCACAAGUGGGGAAUGCCACUGAGUCACUGGAACCUGGCCAGAAGUCAUUCUGCACAGAUCCUGCACCGGUGGCCUCCUUCCACUGUGACAUGGUCCCCAAAGAGCCGUCCUUGGUUCUCCGGUGGGCCUGCCCUCCUGGUGCCAACACAGGCUUCGAGCUGGGGGUCAGCAGUGGUGCCUGGGACAAUAGGACACGCCUGGAGAAUUGCUCCUCCGAGAACAGCACAGAGUACAGGACAGAAGUCACGUAUUUGAAUUUUUCUACCUCGUACAACAUUAGUGUCACUACGGUGUCCUGUGGGAAGAUGGCACCUCCCACGCAAAACACCUGCGUUACUGGCAUCACAGACCCCCCUCCUCCAGAUGGAUCCCCUAACGUUACGUCUGUCAGUCACAAUUCAGUAAAGGUCAAGUUCAGUGGAUUUGAAGCCAGCCACGGACCCAUCAAAGCCUACGCCGUCAUUCUCACCACUGGGGAAGCUGGUCACACUUCUGCAGAUGUCUUGAAAUAUACCUACGAUGAUUUCAAAAAGGGGACCUCGGACACAUAUGUGACAUAUCUUGUAAGAACAGAGGAAGAGGGACGUUCUCAGGGCUUGUCUGAGCUCUUGAAAUAUGAGAUCAAUGUUGGAAAUGAGUCAACCACGCUCGGCUAUUACAAUGGGAAGCUGGAGCCCCUCGGCUCCUACCGGGCUUGUGUGGCUGGCUUCACCAACAUCACCUUUCACCCUCACAAUCUCGGACUCAUUGAUGGGGCAGAGAGCUACGUGUCCUUCAGUCCCUACUCAGACGCUGUCUUCUUGCCCCAGGAUCCAGGUGUCAUCUGUGGAGCAGUUUUUGGAUGUAUCUUUGGUGCCCUGGUUAUUGUGGCUGUGGGAGGCUUCAUCUUCUGGAGAAAGAAAAGGAAAGAUGCAAAGAACAACGAAGUGUCCUUUUCUCAAAUUAAACCUAAAAAAUCUAAGUUAAUCAGAGUGGAAAAUUUUGAGGCCUAUUUUAAGAAACAGCAAGCCGACUCCAACUGUGGGUUCGCAGAGGAGUAUGAAGAUCUGAAGCUUGUUGGAAUCAGUCAACCUAAAUAUGCAGCAGAACUGGCUGAAAACAGAGGAAAGAAUCGCUACAAUAAUGUCCUGCCCUAUGACAUUUCCCGAGUCAAACUUUCAGUCCAGACCCAUUCAACGGACGACUACAUCAAUGCCAAUUACAUGCCUGGCUACCAUUCCAAGAAAGAUUUUAUUGCCACACAAGGACCUUUACCUAACACUUUGAAAGAUUUUUGGCGUAUGGUUUGGGAGAAAAAUGUAUAUGCUGUUAUUAUGUUGACCAAGUGUGUUGAACAGGGAAGGACCAAAUGUGAGGAGUACUGGCCCACCAAGCAGUCUCAAGACUACGGGGACAUAACUGUGGCAAUGACAUCAGAAAUUGUCCUUCCAGAAUGGACCAUCAGAGAUUUCACUGUGAAAAAUAUCCUGACAAGUGAGAGUCACCCUCUACGACAGUUCCAUUUCACCUCCUGGCCAGACCACGGCGUUCCUGACACCACUGACCUGCUCCUCAACUUUCGGUACCUUGUUCGUGACUAUAUGAAGCAGAGUCCCCCAGAAUCGCCAAUUCUGGUGCACUGCAGUGCUGGGGUUGGAAGAACAGGCACUUUCAUUGCCAUUGAUCGUCUUAUCUACCAGAUAGAGAAUGAGAGCACUGUGGAUGUGUAUGGGAUUGUGUAUGACCUUCGAAUGCACAGACCUUUAAUGGUGCAGACGGAGGACCAGUAUGUUUUCCUCAAUCAGUGUGUUUUGGAUAUUGUUAGAUCCCAGAAAGACUCAAAAGUAGAUCUCAUCUACCAGAAUACAACUGCAAUGACAAUCUAUGAGAACCUCGCGCCAGUGACCACAUCUGGAAAGACAAACGGUUACAUCGCCUAAUUCCAAAGGAAAACCUCUCUGGAGUUAACCAGACCAUCACACCCACAGCAAAGGAACAUGCCCCGAUGUUGACAUGUUUUUAUAUGUCUAAUACCUUAAUUCUUUGUUCUGUUUUGUUAGAAUUAAUUUUGAGGGCGCGAUGCUGCAUGGCACGGAUGCGAAGAUGGGGCCGUCAGGGGCUGUGGAUGGGUGGUGAGCGAGUCAACUACAUUCCUGAUUACCAAUAGAAUGAGUUCACUUUUUUUUCUUGAGAAUUGUGGAAAACUGGGAAAAGUGAGCUAUGAUUUUUUUCUUUCCCUUUUUCAAAACAGAUUCUUUUUUAAAAAAGACUAUUUUAUAUGAUUCACAUGCUAAAGCCAGGAUUGUGUUGGGUUGAAUAUAUUUUAAGUAUCAGAGGUCUAUUUUUACCUACUGUAUCUUGGAAUCUAGCUGGUGGAAAAUACCAAUUGUGGAUGAUUUUCGUGCAGGGAGGGGUGUAUGCACCUCUCCGGAGUGGGUUUUCUAUUUGAAUAUGUGCCUUUUCUGAAUUAUGCUUCCACAGGCAAAACUCAGUAGAUAUCUAUAUUUUUGUAUUGAAUCUCAUAAUUGGAAUAUAUGGAAUAUUUAAACAGUAGUUUAGAUCAGAGGUUUGCCUUCUCAGUAACAUUCCUGUUCUCAUUUGAUUAGAGGAGGCCUCUUUGUCCCUGACCCCAUGUCCCCUAACCCCUUGGACAUUUGUGUUCUGUUUUUUAUUAUUUUUUCCCCCUCUCCCAGUUUUCUCCAAAGACUCUUCUGUUGGCAACAUUUUCAGCCCAUUAGUUGGGUGAGAAUGGAGACUCCAUAUCACCCUGAGAAUUUUCUGUGGGUGGGAGCUUGGAGAAGAGAGGAAUCCUACAGAGACAUCAGUCCUUUUCUUGUCCCUGUUGAUCCUUUUUCUCAUUUCUGUAUUUGGUAAGAAGGAUUAUUUAAAGGUGCAAUAUGUGACUUAGUGAUUCAUGAUGCUCUAGGUUUUUAGUAAUGUUUUACUCAGGUUGGCAUUUUAUGUGUGUCUGUAUUUGUGUGUGUGUGUGUGUGUGUGUGUGUGUGUACGUACGUGUGCGUGUAUUAAAAGUGUGGCAAUCUGUGAAUACUUCAGUGUGAAUUCAGUGUCAGAUGAAUCCUCUUCCCCAAAAGUCCACUGGCUUUAGUCUCUCUCUGCAGUGACUCAUAUCAGAAUCUACUGUAUAUAUAUAUAUAACCUAUAUAUAUAUAUAUACACACACUAAACUCUCAAAAACAGUCAUUCCUAUGAAUUGAGGUGUACAAAGUUUGAAUUUGUAUCAAGGAUGUAAUUAUUAUUUUUAAAAUCUCUUUUCACUCUACUGCUGCUGUAAUUACUUUGAUUGUUUUUUAAAUGUAGAGUAAUUUUUUUUCUUUAUUUUUUGGCUUCAGGCGUAUAUCCACCAAGAAUUUCAGAAUCUGUGUGGAUCUAUUUUAUUGGUACAUAAUCUGUAAACUUCUCAAGGCAUUAACAUGAAAGGAUUUGUUUCUUUUUAUUUUGUAUUGUGGCUCAGGUUAUAUCUUGAAGUUUUGAGUUUAUCCUCUGUUAGGCAAUGAAGGAUGUCCAAGGUUUGAUGAAGGAAUAAAAAAGUCCCUGGAGUCCUGGACAGUUUUCCACAGAGAUGCCUCCUGCUGUAACCAGGACACACUUGUCCUCCUGAGGAUGGGAGUGGAGUCUUCUCCAAGUGCCCUGGUGACUCCUGAUGCUGCCACGCUCCUCAGCCUGCUGGCACUUUGAUGACUGACUGGACAUGUUGAUGGACGUUUUAGGGCGAUGAAGGGUGGCCUGCGACCUACGUGAAGCCCUUGAUGUGGCUCUGAGGUUUUGUGCUAUACGUCUUUGUCACCCUUUUCCCCUGAGGUACUGAAAGGAUUAAAAGGAGCGAUCGCAGGGAGAAUCUUAACUUCUCAAGUGGAAAUUGCACUUUUUUUUUCUGAAUCCUUUGCUUUUUUUGGUAGUAAGCAGUUCAUUGAGCACCAGGUCGUUAAAGGACUGGGUUGGCCGGGCCAGGCUGGGCCCUCUUGACCUAACUUCCGAGGGGUCCCCGCCUCCAUAGGAAUCAGGGAGAGCACGCUUUUUCUGGGGUGUUGAGUGAAGCUGGGUUUGGGUGAUUACUCCCAUAGUUUCAACACUGGUCUUCCCCCAACUCAUGCGGAUCUCGGAGCGGUCCAUGACUUCACUUAGAAGUCCCUGUUCAGGCAGUGGUUCUGUGGGUCCCCCCCCCACCAAUGCCCCAGUUGUCCAAAACCAUCGUGAUGGGUGUUGAGGUGUCAAAUCCCACGAGGAGCCUAAGGUCUGCCCUGCCCACCUCGUUGCCAUGGAGCAGUCAAAGGAAGCGAGAAUCCAUUCAAAGAUUCCUUGUAAACAUAUUGUAUAAAAAUGCAAGACACAGCCAUCCUCCUCCCUUCCGCUUGUUACUGACUCGGGAAAUGGGCAGCAGCGCCAGCAAUGCCGGGAGGAAGACUUGUGGUGGAGAGGUCUGGGAUUCUAAAUGGGCAGGUCACACGAAGGUCACGAUGCUUCUCUUGCAUCCUGAAGUGAACUGGGGCUGGGGCCAGCGGGACGGUGAGGGUAUUUAUAGCACAGUGCUUGAAAAGGGAAGAACAGAUGUGUCAAUAUGCAGACUGAGGAUUGGUCAGAGACAAGAGAAGGUGCUUCUGAGCUCCUUUGACCUGCCCAGGCGCAAUGAACUAACAUUGGAAGAGUCCAGUGGCAUCGUGGCAACUCAGUCUUUGAUCGUGACAUUCAGAGGAGCAGCCAGUGUGGGUUUGGCUGUCAACAGAAAGGCCCAGAGAUUGGCGGCCGGCGAGUUUGGGGGAUUCGGGCCAUUCAUGCCUUCUCCCAAGACCAAGGACUUUUUGCCACCAGGGUUGAAUCUGGUGAUGCUCGGCACCAGCGGGAAACGACACUGGUGUCCAUCCUCUGCCGCUGGCUGUACUGUGACCUGCAGCCAGACCUUGGCCUCAUCGCUCCACUGGAUCUGCACUUUGUCAAGACAGAGCCACCCGAGGGUGGGGUUGGGGGCUCAGUUAUGCAGCUGAUCAUCUUGGUUUUUCGUCGGGGUUGGAAACAGCCUGGUUUUCUUUUGAAAUGCUUGACUGUUGCUUAUCGAGCUAAACAAGUCUUGGUGACUGAAGUUGAUUCGCCUCAAAAGUCUAAGUUCUGGGUUUUCAGACUACUGUGUGGCAGUUGUGUGUUUAACAUACUGUAGCUUUACUCCCUCGGGGACACAUAUGAAUAGGACAUGUUGAUGUGGACUCUAAACUGUAAUUUUCUUGUAACUAUUUUGGAAUGAUGCAUAUUUCUAAUGUUUGUUAUACUUGUACAGAGUAUUGCUGUUGGUUGCUGUUUUUUUUUUUAAGGAAAAAAUGGCCUGAAAAAAUUUUUUAAAGACUUACAAAUACCAAAUAUAAAAAAUGUCAAUGCA